AUGACCCAAGCCGUCAAGAGGGCUUGCGAUGCCUGCCAUCGUCGCAAGGUCAAGUGUGACGGAAUCAACCCUUGCCGCAACUGCAACCAGGCCAGCCUGUCGUGCACCUACAACGCCGUCCCUCAGAAAAAGGGUCCCAAGGGCUCGCGAGCCAAGGUCAUCAGCGAGCUGAGGGAGACGCAGCGCCAGACGAGCCUCCUGGCCAAAGUUCAGAGCCGACUACAGGAUGUUUCGUGCCCGCCGCCUACGACACUCACUCCCACUCCUGGACUGCUGACCGGCGACAUCAUCAAGGAAUGUCUCAACUUCUACUUCGAGAACAUGUAUGCCCAACUGCCCAUUCUCGACCGUAUGCAGAUCGAGCAGCAACUUCUCUACAUGGACCAUAACCGUGACUUUUACUGUCUCAUCACGUCGCUGUGCGCCUUCGUCAUUCUACAGCCUGGCAUGGUGAUGCCCUCGGGCGACCUGUACAGCCUCAACAUGAUGCCCGGCGCCAAUAUCAUCUCCAGCCAGCUCCUUGUCGAGGAGGCCGUUCGUGUUCGCAAGGGGUACGAGUACCUCGACGCCAUCACACACAACACAGUCGCAACUAGCUUCUUCCUCUUCGGCUGCCACUACGCCCAGGAGAUGCACGACCGCGCUUGGUACCACCUCCGCGAGGCCACAACCAUGGUCCACCUGGCUGGCAUGCACAAGGAGGAGCACUACCUCCAAAUGGAAUCUGCUGAAGCCACUCGCCGUCGCCGCCUCUUCUGGCUUCUCUACGCCACCGAGAGGGCCUACGCUCUCCAGCGCAAUCGUCCCCUGACUCUCCAGCCCACAAUCAACCUGCCUACCGCUAGGGACGACCCCUCGGACCCCCUGGCCCACCAGCUCAACCCCUUCGUCCUCCUCGUCAGCCUAUUCAAGCCCUUUGACGAGUCUCUGGUCGCCACAUGGAACAAGGCCCGUAGCAGUCUGGCCCCGUCCCACAUUGCCAGCCUCCGAAAACAGCUCAACGAGAUGGCCCAGUCCUACAUAUGCCAGGACUCGAGCUUUUCCGACUACCACACCAACCAGCAGUGGCUCAAGAGCACCGUCUGGCAGCUCACGAAUGGAUCUGUCAACGAUGACGCCAUGUCCUUUCAAUACUCCGGCAGCAACAUGCCCCGCGACCUGCUCAUGGCCAUGGCCUCGCAGUUUCAGGGACACGGUCUCGAGCUUCUUAACUCUGGCCUGAUCGAGAGACUCAUGGAAGUCACCCACCUCAUGAUAGAGUUCUUAUCUAUGCAGCCCGACUCUCCCGUCUCCUACAGACCUGGCCCCCGUAGCCACAUGAACGAGCUCCUCAAUAUGGUGGCUAUGUCGCGCAACGGCGACCACCGCUUCCUGCCCGCCCUCAUGAGCAAGACUGCCGAGCUGCUCCCCAGCCUCGUCAACCCGAUGCUUCAGAACGCCCCAGAUAAUCCCAAGAUGGCCAACAUUGACAUCUUUGACGGCUUCGGUACCGCGGGCAUGGCUCAGCCCCCGCCUCAGAUGCAGAUGGCCAUGGACACGACCGACUACGACCGCAAGUUCCCCGUUGAGGAGUACGAUGCCGAGUACACCGCCGCCAUGGAUAUGAAUGGCUCCACACCCGAGUCGCAGACGACCAGUUCGAACCAUUCGACCUCGACAGUUCCCACGACGCAUCAGGCCGCGCACCCGCAGCCGCCGCCGUCAGCCUCGGACAUCAACAGCUCUUUUGGUUCCCCUGGCAUCAUGUCUCCGGGUAUGGACUACCCCGCAGGAAUGGGCGGAUUCACAAUGCCCGACAUCGUCAUGAGCCCGAUGGCCCACGCCACCCACCACCAUCAUCAAUCAACGCCGCCCUUGGGUCACGUCCAACCUCCACCUACCCAAACCCAGCAGCAGCAGCAGCAGCAGCAACCACCUACCACUGCACCACGGAUGAGCCAUGACCCUUCAAAUAACAUGAGUCAACCGCCUCCACCGCAACAGACCCCGCAACAACCACCGCAGCACAUGAACGCCAUGUCCAUCAACGCCGCCACCGUGCCAGCAUCACACCCCAUCAUGCGAACACAGCAGCAGCAGCAGCAGCAGUCACAAAUACCACCGCCACUACAGCAACGUCAAACAACAUUCCAGUUACAAUCGUCACCUACCCCUCAGCAGAUGCGCGCAGUGAACGAUUUUCAAAGUCUACAGAGGCCACCGGAGGCGUCACGACCAAUAGUCAACAUGCCUAUGACUGGGGAGAUUGAUUUCAGCGCAUUACAGUAA